AUGUCAAGUGAUGCUCUUGUAAAACAAAAUUUGAAUCUUAGCGUGUUGAAAAAAUGCCUCGAAGAUUGUAAAAAACAGCACGGCAAAUAUCCUGAGAACCCUGCCAUAAAGGACAUUGAGUCCAAGUUGUCUCAGCUUGAAAAGCUUGAAGAAAGUCUUACUGGAUUGACUAAAGAAGAGAAUUGCAAAGAUCUUUUAGAGAAUCUUUGUGACGGCCUUCAGACUUUCCUCGGCUUCAACUCUGCUUCCAAAGGCUACGACGGCAGUGGUAUUGUCUACUCUGACCUUGAUAGGCUGUGUGAUGCGGUGAUGGGAUUUUUGUAUCAGGUGCUUAAGGAUGUCAGCGAGAAACAGCCUUACAAUGUGGGUAAAAAUAGGUUAAAUGAAGCAAUGGAAAAAAUAAAAAGCGCCAGGUGGAAGGGUCAUGGAGGCCUUAAUGAUAUCAUUGCAUAUGUUGUCAGCCGGGUGUCCUCAUAUAAUACAAAUGUCGUGAGCUACAAUGGCAGAGUAAAAAAACCAAUUAAUGAGUUAUUAGGCCAUGUACAAAAUGAUAUUCCAAAAGAAAUUAAGAUUAUUCCGGAAGAUAAAGAACUUGAGCAGUUAGGUAAUGAUGUUGAACGAAAAAUUAGGCCAACUGAAGAGUUAGCCAAGACGUAUGUUAAAUACGGUAAAAGCUUUGCAAUAUCAAUGAGUAAAAUUUCUGAACAAAUCAGAACUCUUAAUAGUGACUUGCGAGUGAAAAUCGAUCAAGCAAGCAAAAAUAUAAAACACGAGACUAAGCGUCUAGAAGACGUGUCAUCGAAAGAAGAACAUCACAUGAAAGUAAUUGAAAAGCACAUCAAAGAAUUGCUGACGAACUGUAAUAGCUGCGUUAAUGAUAAGAUAUGCAAAGAUGUCGCUGAGUUCGUGAAACUCUUGAAAGAUAAGGUGUCGAAAAUUCGGCAGAAACUUGACGAGAUAGACAGAAAUUUAUAUAAGUAUGUUAAAGAUCUGCAGGAGUGGAUUGAUAAGGCUGAUAAAAUUGUGAAACGUGGAAUAUUUGAGACCGAAGACAUUGAGAAAAAAGGUAUUGGAAAGGAUAAGCAGGAUAAACUUAAAGCAGUUGCAAAAGCGCUGAAUGACAGGGGUAUUGUGCUACUAAAUUAUAUUAACGAUAUGAAAAAACAGAUCGCGGAGAACGUAAAAGCAGCGCUCACGCAGGUGAAAGAGAUGGACGGGAAGCUGAAAGAGGAUUUGUACAAAGUAAAGAAAGCGAUAGAAGCCCAGGUUGCCAAAAUUAAGGAGGCGAUAGGAAAGCUGUAUGAUGUGGUUAAGAAUGGACAACCCGAUGAAGGAACAAAUGAUCAGACUAUUGCAGGAGUUAUCGGGGAGAUUCACAGUAAGGUUAAAAAUUUUACGGGAAAUAAAGGAGGAAGAACGGCGGCAACAGAUGGUCUUACAGGUAUUAUAAGCGGUGUGAGGUGGAAGUACGCAAAGAAUUUCGAGACCAGAUUCACGAAAGCUAUCAGCGACAUAGUCACGGGAAUCGUGGAAAGCGAGGGUGUCAAACAGUUGCUUAGGUCUCAUAUUGAUGGUAACUCAGGGUACCUUGAUGACAGCAAAGUCAACGGUAAGAAUACAGAUGCUAAAAUAAUGAAACUAGGGAGUAUUAUUGUGCAGCAUUUAACGUCUGAUCUGAAUACUCUACCAUCUCCUAAAUCGGAGCUUGGAACGAAAGAUAAUGUAGAUGGGAAUAUGUCAGACAUUUCGAGUUAUCUUACAUCCUACGCCACUCAAGUAACGAGCAGACAUUCUGUAGUUGCGAAAUUGAUUGGCGAUCAUAUUAAGAAUGCAAACAAUGCAACUCAUUAUAACAACUAUUAUCUCGAACGCGUCGUUGGCACUGUUUUCGCUGCACUGCAUAAAGCCACAGCGAAAGCAGGAGAAGAGCUUACUCAGUUCAUCACAUUGUCACAAAUUAGCAAACUUAAGCCGGCUUUAGAUGCUGGUGAACUGCUCCAGGGGCAUCUUAACGCGGCGACUACAAACAAAAAGCCUGCUAAGCUCGUCGACGACGCUAUCUCGGAAAUGAGCAACGUUGCUACGAAUCACAUUGGAAAGGAUACGCUUGCAGGUGUAGGUAAUUCAGGUGAUAGAAUUUCAUCGCUUGGUGAGCAAGCAUUUGUAGAAUACAAAAAGUAUGUAUCUCAAGAAAGUCUUCCGCUCUUAGACAAUAACAUAGACAACCUAGGCGGCACCCUUACAGCUGCUAUCAAGAAAAUCCGAGACGAUGCCUCACCACACGACGUUACUCCCACCAAAAAUGAUCUUGAAAAGUGGUCCGGCGAAAUCACAUCCAACCUCGAGUCCCUUUUAACAUCCGUCUCGGAGAAAGGAAAGGCUGUGAGUAACCAUUUGAGAGACCUCCAAAAACAGAUUUCUAAGGGUGAUGAUAGCAAUGGCCUCCAAGACAUUCAGAAGCGGCUCAGCUACCUGCAGAAAGCAAUUGAAGGUGGACCCCUUAAAUUGGCCGACGACUUCCUAAAAGGAGUUGACCCAUCCCGUAACAAAUACGUCAAGCAACUUCAACAAUUCGUCGACUCCGAGAUAACGACCGUAAAAAAUAGAAUCACAUCUGAAGUCCGCAAACACUACAUCUCCACCAUCCGCGAACUGCUGACCGAUUAUGCCCAAAAGGUUCAGAGCGAGUUGAACAAACUGCCCGAAGAGAUCGACGAUGAUCUGAGAAGGGGCUACAAAGGCUUCGUGAAAAAGAUGGAAACGCAUCUCCUGCCGGAACUCACCAUACCGCCAAACACCCCGCUCAAGGACGCCGCGUCUACCCUCAAGUCCAAGCUCACCGCUUUCAUGGAACAACUGCAAAAUCAAGCGGAUUUCAAGAAAUCAUUCGAGACCGUCAAACCGUCCCACACUGCUAUCCUCGAGUUACUUCAGCAGCUUAACGACUCCAAGCACUUCGGCCACCUCGUCCCUCCCAGGGUCAAUGCUCUGCUCGAUAGGCUCGGUGAGCUGUCGCCUAAGAAGUACAAGGAAGAGGCACAACCCAUGCUGGACACGCUGAAGGUAGGGUACGGAGCGUUCUGCACUGAACUCGGAAAGGCAUACGUGAGCCGUUACUCGGGGCAAACUGUUGAGUGGACGGAAACUGGUCUUAGCACCGGUUUAACACAAAACGCACAUAGAUGCGCUAAAAUAUUCUUGACCGCUUUUUCCACAAUUUACGAUGCUGUGCAUGACUUGAGGAUAAAUUGCAACAGUCUGAAGGGUCACCAAAUUCACUCGACCUCUGAUCUCGGCAGGUUGUUCCUACGGCACGGCUUCAGAGUGUCAGACGGCGACAAACAACACUGGGAGCUGCAGAACAAGGACGUCAUAAACGGCGAAUACGUCCUUAAGAGAAUCAGUUUUAGGGUCGAUGGUGCGAAAGACAACGAGCAUCUUAAGGAGUGCGAAUCGAAUAAACGCAAGUCUAACGUCCUCUUUAAUCUUUUUGACAUUCUCAAAUGCAUUCUUUAUCACAUAGACAAGUACAACGAAACGUGUCACAUCGCUAUACUCCCCAAACCUAGAACGCCAUGUACCGUUUUCGAGAUGCUGGUGUGGCUUUCAGGGCUCACUUACACUUCCGCGUACCAGGCGCUGCUAUCAGACGGGUUCACCAACGUGCUUGAUAAUCCGGAUACGCCGCUUGCUGGCGACGGAGAGAUCACCGUAUUUGACAUCGAGAAGUCAUACCUGGAGGCGCACCCGCAGAAGAUCACGUAUAAGAACAUAUGCAAGGUACUGGACUACCUUUGUUCGAAAUCGUACGAUUUGCUCACUACCGUUGUUGGCCACGGCAACGCGGCGACAUUCUACGCUUGCGACUAUUCGAAUAACACGCUGAAUCUGUACUACCCGAGCUCCGGCGAAGAUUGUUUGCAGAUGUUGCUUGACUUCCUGCGCAGAAUUUUGCAGCCGCUCAGAUAUUUGUUUGAACGAUGCAGCGUCGCAGACAAGAACUACGGAUGGGCCGACUGCCACUACGGUAAGGACGUACCUACAACGAAAUCGCACUGCAACAUCAAGCCAACGGACGAAGCAGCGUGCCUACCAAACUGUCAACCAAACUGCGAACCAAAUUGUCAACCAACAUCGCCAUUGAUGAACUACCUCAGUGACUCUCUACUCGGUUAUCUGCCGCACAGAUUGGAGUCUGUUGGAUGCAAAUCUAAAUGCUCCACUUGCCCCUCCACUUCUAGGCUGGGAAUGCCGUGCGUCACACCGCUGGGUUUCAGAGCGUUUUCUGGGUCGACCAAAACAGGCCGUCAGCUAUGUGAGAUGAUUCGCGAAUUCUUAGGUAGUGGCGUGAUUUCAUCCUUGCUCGGCUUGUCACCAACUCCGCCGAAAACGCUGCCAGAGCAUUUCGGUUUCGGGUUAAGCUUGGUUAAUAAGUGGGUCAAAGUUGCAUCUUAUAUUACUGAUGCAGGUAUAAAACCAGUAUCACAAAGUAAGAUUGAAGCAUCUAUUCAGAAACUCUCCAUUAAGCUCUACACUGACACGGGUAAGCUUACCAAUGUACUUCGUGACGCUUAUGGCAACAGUCAGCAUGAGCACGAAGGCGUGAAUCAUCUCGAAGUCUAUGCCGAUGUAUCUAGCCUAUGCAUGACUAGAAGUUGCGAGGACAGUCAUAUGCGCUGUGCUCCAUACCUAUCCACUUUGUGUUCGGACACGUAUCAAUACCUUGUUCAUAAGAACUUUGCCACGUACCUUACAUGGGCUGUCUAUCUACCGUGGGAUUUCUGGACUCAACUCAACAAUUUGUGUAACGCGUUCAAGAAUAUUUUCUGCCAAGACUGGGGAUGUCAUACGUGUCUGCGUGCUGACAAAUGCAAGCGUGGACAGCAUGGCCUCGUCGAGAAGGUGGACAAACAACCUGACAAGCCUCAUUGCAAGUGUCCAUCGAUGGUUCAGUGCAAGGGUGUGUCCGCAACAUUGUACCAGUUCGGUUUCAGUUUUGGUAACGCGGCAACACUAAAUGAUACGACAUCGGCUAAGAAGUGUUCUGAUUUCUGCUCUCAGCUGGAUAAAGUGUUGAAAUCGGAAUAUUUCAAAAAGCUAUUCACGGAAUGUGACAACUUCAUUUGGACUAUCAGAGAACCGUUCACCUACUUGGUUCUGGCACUCUGGUCGCUGUCCCUCUUCUACCUCAUCUGCGUAAUGGUUGGCAGACUGGAUGUGCUCCACAUACGCUCACACCUGAGGAUACCGUCGUCGCACAGGAUAACGGCGCAGUCAUUGUUGGCUGCUGCGCAAGUCGGAAGGCUUGCCAAGAUAUCGUACCUGCAGCCGUGA